AUGUCACUCAAAGACCAAACUGUCCUCAUCACAGGGGCUUCGAUGGGCAUCGGCGCAGCCAUUGCGCGUCGACUAGCCGCUGAAAGUGCAACAAUCAUCCUCUUUGCACGCUCAGGCGACAAGCUAAAGGCCCUCUCAGACGAACUAAAAAAAGAACACAACGACCUGAAGAUCUUCACAUCAGUCGUCGACGUACAAGACCACAGAUCCCUCAGCACCGCCGUCUCAAACAUCGUUCAGCAAGUCUCUCACAUCGAUGUUCUAAUCAACAAUGCUGGUUUAGCUAUAGGCGCCCCAUCACCUUUCCCCGACCUCAAGAUCCAAGAUAUCAUCACAAUGACUAGCACAAACAUCAAUGGAUACAUGUUCGCUGCCUAUACGGUCUUGAACGAGGGCAAGAUGAAGGAGCGUGGCAAGGGAACGAUUUUAAACGUUACCAGUACUACAGGGUUAGAGGUACCACCGUUCCCAGGCGAGGCUGUGUACCAUGCUAGCAAGGCGUGCCAGGAGGCUUUUACCAACGUGCUGAGGACGGAGUUGGUGGGUACUGAUAUUAAAGUCCUUGCGUUACGGCCCGGUGUCGUAGCGACGAACUUUCACGAACAACGUGUUGGAAACGAUAAGCAGAGUUACGACACUUUCAUGUCCGGCUUUGAACCCCUUGUUGCGCCUGAUGUCGCGGAAGCGGCCGCCUUCAUGCUGAGUCAGAAGGAGAGGGUCAGCGUGAAGGCGUUAGAUAUCGUGCCUACUGCACAGAGGAGUCUGCCGGUUUUCGAUCGAGAGUGGAAUAGUAGGGAUGAGGGGAGGAAGGAAGAAAAGAUGACGAAAUAA